CAGCAUUCAAAUUAUCCGCACGUUUGCUGCUUUGAAAGAAUAUAUUCAAAAGAAUAGACAAAGUUUUUUUGGAUAGUGCUGUAAAGAAUUUUUUAAUCAAAAUUAUUUGUGUCAAUUUCAUUUUAAAAACGGAACAACGACCUGUUGAGCUCAUGUGUUGUCUAUAGUCUAGUUCUAAUUAGUGUAAAUUAAAGAUUUUUAAAUGCAAGAAUAUUUUUUGUUGGAUUAUUGAUGGUUUCUAGUAUUGCUUAGUAAAUGUGCUCCACAUUUUAAUUCACAAAAAUAUUCAUAUUGAAAGGAAAAAUUCAAUUUAAUGCAGUAAUUAACUGGAAUCAAUAGAAAAUAUAUAGACUUGACUGAUAAGAAGUGAAUAAUAGUGUGUAUUAAGUAAUUAAAAGUUAAAUAACGUAAACAAUGGGUGAUGAGAAUGAAAAUAAGCCGAUUGCAAGGAAAGUGUCUAAUGGAGAUGACAAUAAUGCUAAGGACAUUAUCAAUAACAAUGCCGGAGAUGGCCAAGAAGUGACCUUGAAAGCUAAAAUGACGCUAGUAAAUGGAAUCACAGUUAUUGUUGGAUCAAUUAUUGGUUCAGGAAUCUUCGUCUCGCCAACGGGCGUGUUAAAGUAUACUGGAUCCGUUAAUAUGGCACUCGUUGUUUGGGUCAUUUCUGGGCUGUUUUCAAUGGUUGGCGCGUAUUGUUACAGUGAAUUGGGAACAAUGAUCAAGAAAUCAGGAGCGGACUAUGCUUACAUUAUGACGACCUUUGGCCCAUUUAUGGCUUUUUUGCGUCUUUGGGUAGAAUGCAUGAUUGUUCGUCCGUGCUCGCAAGCGAUCGUUGCUCUAACGUUUAGCGUCUAUGUCUUAAAGCCGAUCUUCCCAGAAUGUGACCCACCAGAAAGUGUGUCGCGUAUGCUUGCUAUGUGCUGUAUAUUGUUAUUGACAUUUGUUAAUUGCUACAGUGUAAAAAUGGCAACACGUGUUCAGGAUUACUUUACAUACGCAAAACUUCUAGCUCUCUUUAUUAUCAUCGCAUUCGGAAUGUAUCUACUUGCAUUAGGAAAUGUUCAAUAUUUUACAUUUGAUGACACAAAAACUGAAGUUACGUCAUUGGCACUUUCGUUUUACUCUGGACUGUUUGCCUACAAUGGAUGGAAUUACUUAAAUUUCAUCAUUGAGGAAUUAAAAGAUCCCGUUAAGAAUCUUCCACGUGCUAUUGCAAUUUCAUGUACUCUUGUUACAGUUGUUUAUGUCUUCACGAAUGUUUCAUUUUACACGAUUCUCUCACCCAGUGAGGUUUUGGGAAGUGAGGCUGUGGCUGUGACAUUUGCUGAUAAGGCUUUUGGCAUGUUUGCUUGGACAAUACCACUUUUCGUUGCUAUGUCAACAUUCGGUGCUGUGAAUGGAAUUCUCCUAACUUCUUCUCGUCUGUUUUAUGCCGGUGCUGUUGAGGGACAAAUGCCUGAAAUUCUUACAAUGAUUCAAGUUCAAAAAUUCACUCCAACUCCAGCUGUGCUCGCAAUUUCACUGUUAUCGAUGAUGUAUCUCUUCGUCCGUGACAUUUAUGCAUUGAUUAAUUAUGUUGGAUUUGCUACGUGGUUGAGUAUUGGAGUAUCAGUAUUAUGCUUACCAGUGCUACGCUACACUCAACCAGAUCUCGUACGGCCAAUAAGAGUGAAUUUAUUCUGGCCAAUUCUUUAUCUCUUGGCUACUGUCUUUGUCACAGUUGUUCCAAUGUAUGCUAGCCCCUACGAAACUGGUUAUGGCUGUUUGAUGAUUCUCACGAGUGUUCCUGUCUAUUUCAUUUUUAUUGCUUGGAAAAAUAAACCAAAGGGAUUCCAAAAAGCUAUGGGAUCUAUUACGCAAAAAUUGCAAAAAUUGUUGAUGGUCGUUCGUGGAAAGACUUCACAGUAAGUUUUACCAGAAUACUCCAAAAGCUUUUGGUUGUUGUUGGAAAGUCAGCCAAGCCAACUCAGGUGUAAUUCAAUUCUUUUAAAACCCUCAAUGAUAUUCACUCAUUCCAUUGCCAACAUCCAAAGCUCAUCUGUAAUAUUCCAAGCUGGACAUAAUUAAUUCCCAUUGUGAAUAUCAAUCCUCCCAACAUCAUAAAUCAAAAGGACUUCAGCAUUAAUUUUUUUUUCAAUCAUCAUCACGUAAUUCUUCGGAAAAAAAGUAUAAAAUUGACAGGAUAAAAUUUGUGCGUUGGACGAG